ACUACAGCAGCUGCAAGACGCUAUUAUAUCUGAUAAACAAAAACAACGUCAAGUAAUUCAUCGACGUGCGAUGUCUUUUUAACUAUCGUAAUAAGUGAUAACUACGAUUUUAAAAAACGUGAGUGAUCCUUCCUCCAUUAGAAAAAAAAAUAGGUACCUAGUUAACGUACAACUUUAAGUCAAAUUACGAAGUUUGAAAGAAAUGUGACCAUCGGCUGACCUUUUUUAUAAUCCCACGUUUUCAUUCCGUCCUUGUCUAAUCUGUAUGUGACAGAUUUUGAUACAUAGUCUGUAAGUGAUUUGUGGAGUAAGAGUCUGUAAUAAAUCUUACUGGUUUUAAUCUUGUGUAAACACACUCUAAACGAUCGUGUUUUUACUUGUACCUUAUCAGACAAUUACCUUUAAAACUUACAAUGCAUUAUUAAUUUGUUUUUCACAACAAGUAAUUAAACUGAAAAAAUCAAACUCAAAUUCUAUUUCUGGUCAAACAGUAAUCUAAUUGCAUAUUUUCAAACAAUUUUCUUUGAAAAAAAUCCAUUAAAAAGCAGUAUUGUUUUUAUUUGUACAGUUAAGAUUUGAAGUUAAGUAUUUGUGAUUGAUAAGAACUGUCGGGUCGGGUGCAGAGUAUAGGUUUGAGUAAACACUCAUUAUACUUAGAUAGAUUUCAAUUACCAUCCACAAAUCAUGUACGGGAACUGAACAGAACCAGUAGUAUGACAGAAAAAGCACUAGCUAUAGAUUAAGUGCCAGAAAAUGCAGGACGAAAAUGAAAACAGAUCGAUUUUGCUAUUAAACAAUGGCAACACAUACGGAACUUAUCCUACAGACAGUAAUACACCCAAAAAAGUCAUCUACUGUGUCCAUGGUAAACCAAGCGCUGGAUGUUGCAAAGUUCUACAGAGUGAAGUCGUCGACAUUCAACCUGGGGACUACGUCAACACACCGACUAAAGAAAAUCAAGAUGCGACAGAAUUAAUAAACAAACAUUGUCACGUAGGAAAAUCGCCUGAAAUUGAUCGAAAAGCUAGAAGAAAACUUAUCAUCGCUAGUAUACUAUGUGUCAUAUUUAUGAUUGGAGAGGUCGUAGGUGGUUAUUUGUCAAACAGUCUAGCGAUAACCUCAGACGCCGCCCACCUCCUAACCGACUUUGCCAGCUUCAUGAUAUCGCUCUUUUCACUAUGGAUGGCAACCCGACCCUCUACCAAAAAAAUGCAUUUCGGGUGGUAUCGUGCCGAAGUAAUUGGUGCCUUAACUUCAGUACUGUUAAUAUGGGUUGUAACUGGCAUUCUGGUGUACAUGGCAGUCCAAAGAGUCAUCUACCAAACUUUUGAAAUCGAUUCCAAAGUGAUGUUAAUCACUUCCGGGAUUGGUGUUAUUGUCAACUUGAUCAUGGGACUGACCCUUCACCAACACGGCCACACUCACGGGGGCGGCAGCAGCCACAGCCACGGCGGCGGCAGCUCGCACUCCCACGACAACAUCAACGUACGGGCGGCUUUCAUCCACGUGAUUGGAGAUUUUCUACAAAGUUUUGGCGUUUUUGUCGCCGCUGCUGUCAUUUAUUUCAAAGAGGACUGGUUGAUUAUUGAUCCCAUUUGUACUUUUAUUUUUUCAAUAUUGGUAAUGUUUACGACCUUUGCAAUUAUCAGAGACACUCUUACCGUACUAAUGGAAGGAGCUCCUAAAGGAAUUGAUUUUAACGAAGUUAUGACAACACUUCUGAAUAUCAACGGUGUUAAGCUCGUACACAACUUGAGAAUUUGGGCUUUAAGUUUGGAUAAAAUUGCCAUGUCGGCUCAUGUUGCCAUUGGUCCUGAGGUUAAUCCACAGAACAUUUUAAUGGUUGCCACGAAACAUAUACACGAUAAGUAUAACUUUUUCGAGAUGACUUUGCAAAUUGAACAGUUUCAAGAAGCUAUGGAAGACUGUAAUCAAUGUAAAAAUCCCGUGUAAUGAUGUAUGCACAAAGUAUUUCUAACAAACGUAGAAUGGAAGUGCAAUAAAUAAUAUUUAUUAAA